AUGGUAGGGGUUGUUGAUUGAUAGACAAACAUCCUGAGCUGGGUUGGGCAGCGUUCCAUGGAGCUCACAUGGAUUCAGCCAUGUAUCCAUCAGUGAGGUUCUAACAGCUGGACUUGGACUGCUCCGCUGCGAGGAGAAGUUGUGCAGAGAAGGCGUGCACGCAAAGGAAGUUCUGUCCCACUGUGUGAUUACAAGACAGCUUCCUCCCUGCUGGUAGUUAGAUAGCAGAACGGACGCCUGAGUCAGAGCAGUGGGUGCCGAUCAAGGGGAGAGUGCUACUAUUUGUCACUCCCCUGCUUCUUUGGAGUAGAUGGACAAUUGGAAGUUUCCAAAGGGUGCUACAGAAUCCUGAGCCCCUCUGGAGUUAAGGACCGACAUGCCCCUGGUCGCCCUUUAAGUGCCAUCCGUGGAUAGGUGACAAGAAAGAAACUACCAGCCAUGCUGACCGCUGUGCUGAAACGCAAUCGCCUCCGGUGGGCGAGAGCCAAGUGCUGCGAAUGUGGGGCUUUGCUUUCCCAUCAGUACUACGAGAAGGAUGGUCGCCUCUACUGCAAAAAGGAUUACUGGGCCCACUUUGGGGAACUGUGCCAUGGCUGCUCGGAGCAGAUCACCAAAGGGCUUGUCAUGGUGGCUGGCGAACAAAAAUAUCACCCUGAAUGCUUCAGCUGCCUGAACUGCCAGGUCUUCAUUGGCGAUGGAGACACUUACGCACUGGUGGAACGAUCCAAGCUUUACUGUGGGCACUGUUAUUACCAGAUGGUGGUGACACCCGUGAUGGAUCAACUGCUCCCAGAAUCUCCCGGCACCCGGAUUCCACAUACAGUCACCCUGGUGUCUAUUCCAGCAUGUUCCGAAAGCAAACGGGGGUUUUCCAUCUCCAUUGACAAGCAUGGAGGUUCUGAGCACCCACAUACCGUGCGCGUUCGUGAAUUAGACCCAGACUGCAUAAGCCCCGAUAUGAAGAAUUCCAUCCAUGUCGGUGACCGCAUUCUGGAAAUCAAUGGCACACCAAUCCGUCAUGUCCCGCUGGAUGAGAUCGAUCUUCUGAUCCAAGAGACCAGUCGCCUGCUGCAGCUGACCAUUGAACACGACCCUCAUGAGAUCAUUGAAAGCAGCCCUCUUUCAGAGCUGCGCAGUCCUCUCCAUUCGCCCAGCCACACACCUUGCCCGGACUCUUCAGCCAUUCGCCAGCGCACUGUCAUGAGGAGCUGUAGCAUUGAUAAGUCACCAUGUUCCAGCUCUCUGGGCUCCCCCUCCUCCCAGAGGAAAGAUAUUGGUCGCUCAGAAUCAUUGCGUGUGGUCUCCCGUCUUCAUCGCAUCUUCCGUCCCUCGGAUCUCAUUCAUGGCGAGGUGUUGGGCAAGGGCUGCUUCGGGCAGGCCAUUAAGGUGACCCACCGGGAGACUGGAGAAGUGAUGGUCAUGAAGGAACUUAUCCGUUUCGAUGAGGAGACCCAAAGAACGUUUCUUAAAGAGGUAAAGGUAAUGCGCUGCCUGGAACAUCCCAAUGUGUUGAAGUUCAUUGGAGUCCUCUACAAAGACAAGAGGCUGAACUUCAUCACAGAGUACAUCAAGGGAGGCACCCUUCGUGGGAUCAUUAAGAGCAUGGAUAGUCAGUAUCCUUGGAGCCAGCGGGUCAGUUUUGCAAAAGAUAUCGCUUCGGGGAUGGCUUAUCUCCAUUCUAUGAAUAUCAUUCACAGGGACCUCAAUACACAUAACUGCCUUGUGCGAGAAAACAAAAGUGUGGUAGUGGCUGAUUUUGGCCUGGCUCGGUUGAUGGUGGAUGAGAAGAACCAGCUAGCAAGCCUGAAGAAACCUGACCGAAGGAAACGGUACACCGUGGUGGGCAACCCUUACUGGAUGGCUCCUGAGAUGAUCAAUGGGAGAAGUUAUGAUGAGAAAGUGGAUGUCUUCUCUUUUGGCAUCAUCCUUUGUGAGAUCAUUGGAAGAGUCAGCGCUGACCCUGAUUACCUGCCUCGAACCUUGGAUUUUGGCCUCAAUGUGCUAGGCUUCCUGGACCGUUACUGUCCUCCCAGUUGUCCUCCCAGCUUCUUUCCCAUUGCUGUUUGUUGCUGUGAUUUGGAUCAUGAGAAACGGCCUUCUUUCAGUCGGUUAGAGCAGUGGCUGGAAGCUCUCCGCAUGCACCUGGCUAUGCAACUUCCCCUGAGUCCACAGUUGGAGCAAUUGGACCGGGCCUUCUGGGAGACACACCGGCGAGCUGAGAGCGGACUGUGUGCACAUGCAGAAGUGUCUGAAUGAGUACAGCAGGGGCAGGCAAGCAGCUCCCAGCCUGCAUGUCUCUGUAUGAGCUGGGCUGAAGAAAAGCUUCUCUUGCUGAGUCCUGCCACCAGCUGCAUGCAGCUCACCAGCUAGAGCUGGUUUUUGGAAAAACCACUGGGAGCUGGUUCUCCCUGCUUCCUUCCUUGGGGGACUAGUUCUGUGCCUGGCUUGCACAGAGUUGGGUCUGGCAGCCCGGGUUCUUGUAAAUACUCCUUGUGAAUACAUCCUUCUCCUUGCACAUCCCACAAAGUGGAGGAGAAGCCAGGGAUCCUUGACUCUCUCCUUGUAUGCUUUGUGGUUAUGAAAAGCUUUGCACGCCCCGCUGAGCACAUAAGCUUCUGUCAUCAGCUGGCAGCUACUCACAAGCUGGCAUUAAGGUAGGGGCUGCUACCCUGUCCCCCAAAUACACCUCUACAGAUCCUCUUUAAAACCUUUGUCCUAUAAAGUGGUGCCUUGGGUUUAUAUGUGGACUUGCAUACUUGGAUUCUCGAGCCCCACUUUGUUGUUCUGCGAAUAGGCCACGGGGGGGAUGAGGGUCUAUGUGUGUGCUUAGCAUGUGCUUAGCCUUUCCUUGGAAGUUGCAAGACUGAGAGAUCUGUCCAGAUGUUUGGUCUCUGUGCUCCUUGGAUCCAGUGACUGACUACAUUCACAUAACAUGUUUUGCCCAGUCGGCUGAAGAUUGUAUUUGCACAACAUACUGAGCUUAUUGCUACUCAACCUUGGUUAGGAUUUAAUUUUUUUAUAUAGCUUAGCAUGUUAUGCAAACCCAGCCUAUUUGAUUCAUUUGAAGUUGAUAUAUUGUGGAAAUACACACACACACACACACACACACACACACACACACAAAAUAGCUCAGUCCAGUAACCAGGUGAAAUCUGUUAUGUGAAUGUAGCUCUGUCAAUACCCACGUGUGCUGUGUGCAUGUUUCACUGUGUGCACACCUUAGCUUCUUCUUUCCUUCUGUUCCAACCAUGUUUGGCAGAAGUACAUAAAAUCCAAUGCGGAUGUUUUUUUGGUGAAAAUCUAUUUCCUAAGCAGGCAGUUUGCCCCCAGAGAGAAGCUAUAAGGUAGAGCUGAAACCGUCUCCUCUUACCCCUCCUCUCCUCCAAAUUACCACCCCGUUUAAACUGCUUGCCUACUCUGGAGAUCCAAAUGUGUGUUAAGGUUUUGUUGCAAGUUUUAAUGUACGUGUGCACAUACAUAAGCCCAUGUGCUGUCAGGGCCUCAAAAAGGCAGUCUGGAUUUCUAGAAGGACAAAAAGAGGAGGAAACAACCAAAUCACUCUUCUAAAGGGAGAUCUCUGUGCAUAGCUUGAAAAUCUAGCCAACUCUUUCCAGGUUCAGGAUAGAACCAUGGGAUGUGCACUCACAGUCGUCCUCAGACUAGUGCCAGGCAGAUUUGUUUUCACUACAACUCAGGCAACAUGGCUUUCAGAACUCAGGCAACUCCUAGAAUUCUUAGCCAGUGGUCUGGAGGCCAGGCGAACAAAGGAAUUCUGGGAGUUGCAGUUCCAACCCAUCUGGAAAGUAUUCGAUUGGAGACGGAUGAGCUAAUCUAUGCACCAGGGCCAGCAAUAAGAAUAAGCAAGCAUUAUUGGACCCUCAUCUGGAAAUGGGCAGCAGGUAUUUUCCAUCUGGGGUGAUCAGCAUAGCAGAAAGGAGCCUUCAGGGGGAGACCCUGAAUAAUUCAUCUUAUCCAAGGAGCCUCACAACUUAGAGACAUAUUUUUGACUUACCCUUGUGGGUUGUGGGGCUACAUGACUAAAUGUCCUCUUGUGCCAAAACAAAAAAAACACCCCUAAAUAUUAAAACUCUGUAUGUCAUAGCCAGGAAAAUAGACCCUGCUUUUUCCUUAUCUUGCAAGCUUUUUGUGGACAUAAAGGAGCCACUCAGAUUGCCAUUUGGAAAAAGGCACAUUCCUAUAUCAUUCAGUGCAACAGGAGAUUGGCUUGAUAGUCUUUAGAAGAGGUGGUGGAGGGGGAAUGGAGCUUUUUCAGUUCCUGAGAGGGCAUUUUUAAGAACCUGAACCAUGAAAGACUUCCUGGGUUUUCAAUACUAUCAGUGUGGGUGGCCAUAGGAAAAAAAAAAUAGACCAUUUUCUCUCCUGGCAUUCUAGCACCCAGGACAAGCAUUGGUUGUGCAACCAAAGUACAAGAGGAUCAGGCAGGAAGACUUGAAGGAGUUUAGCCAUGUUUGCUGAGAAAUCCCUGGAGACAACCUACCUCUGAUUAUUAGUGCUGGUAAGAAAAGUCAGGUCUAGAUAUCAGUUUCUGGGCUUCUGUUUGUCUGGUUAGCUGCUGAGGGAGAUAACAUGGAUCUUCUUAAACUCUUCCCAGUAGGCUCCUGUUCUUUUCAAGGGAACACCAGCAUCUUUUUCAUUUUAACUGAAGGCCAUGUUAUAGUUAUAGUUAGGUUUUUUUAGAAGGAGGGAAAUACGGAGAAAGAAAACAUUCCUUGCAAUCACAAAAUGAAUUCCUUCCAUAGACUUGUGGUCCAGCUUUGUUAAGUCCUAUGUGCCAAACUUGCAUACAGACAUCUUGGCUUAAAAAAAGGUAAAUUUUCUGGAUCUUCUUGCUUAGAAAUGGGGAAACUUAAAAAUGGUGGUCUGAAAUUCUGCAAAUUCAGAAGAAGUAGAAAGCAGUUCUCCUCAGCCCAUGGUGCAUGUGUAACUACACAACUUCUAAGUCCUGAAAUACACGGAAUUGGAAGCAAUUGUUACAGCAGGGUGGAGUUCCAUUAGAUUAUUAUAUGAACCACAUUGUUAUAGGGACUAAAUCUAUAACAAUUUGGAAAACAGUUUCUUGUAGUUCCAUAUUUCUUCUCUUCUCGCUUCCCUGUCACAAAUUGAAAGUAUGGAUUUGGGGAAAUAACACAAAACUCUGACCUGAGGUGAAAUUUCAGAUAUUUCUGACUUUUAUCAACAAAACCUGCCCAGUAUCUACGUUCAUUCUUCCAAGAGUCAAGACUAAAUGAAGACUCCCUAUUUAAGAGUAGCGUACUAGAUUUGGAGAAAAAUGUUUUUAAAUUUAUAUUUCACAUAUCUUUGAAACUUCCAGAUUGAUACAUCAUCAUUUUAUGAACAUCUGUUAGAAAAGGCUAAUGCUCAUAUUUUUGUGAAAGUGCAUUUCAUGUUUAAUGCGAAAGAUGACAGACCUUGCGUAUUUUAUGAAUGAUCUUCGGAGGGAAGUAUAAGCAAGUAUCUCUGCUCCAUUGGCAUUUUUAUGUACAUCUAUAGAAAUUAAGUGUAUUUUCUUGAAGAAUUUUGAUGGCCACUUGAAACUGUGCCCCAGAGUGUGGAUGUUGCAUUUAUACUAGUGUGGGGACCAUGACACUCCAAGCCUGAUGUGGUCUCUCCUAACUAUGGUUGUAAGAGACACAGCAGAAGACCGGUGGUUCUACCAAGAAACAAGAGAGGCUGGAGGUCUACAGUAGAGGAUGGGUGAAAUGCAACCAGUUCACUCCAUUUCGGGCAAACUGGUAGUGAUAAAAACUACCUGUUCCGGUGAACCGGUAGUAAAAAAUCCUUUAAAAAUGUAAAAAAACCAAAGGUUCCGAGGAUCGCACGGCACAGCUGAUUGUCAAUCAGUUGUGCUGCGUGAUCGUCGGAACCUUUUUUCCUUUUUUAAAGCAUUUUUUUACUACCGGUUCCAGUGAAUAGGUGGUAAAAAAUGUUUUAAAAGUUAAAAAAAAAAAGGUUCCGACAAUCACAGCUGUGCCGCACAAUCAUCGAAACCUCUUUUUUUUUUUUUUUUGCUUUUUUUAAAGCAUUUUUUACUACCUAUUUGCUGGAACCAAUAGUAAAAAAAAUGCUUUAAAAAAGUAAAAAGAAAAAGUUGGCCAUGCCCACCCAGUCACAUGACCCACCCACCCCACCAAACCAUGCCCACAGAACCAGUAGCAACAAAUUUUACAUUUUCCCACUAGUAGAGGGUAAAAGAGGAACCUGUUUCCCCCAGGCUCAAUGGGUCUCUUGGAGAAGAGGGUCCCUUUGUUAACUGAUGGCCUAAAGCCAUUUAGAAGUUCUGAUUUCUAAAUUCAUGCCUGCAAUCUUGGUUUUAGACCAUGUUUGACUGUCGUAAUCUUGUCAUAGACAGCGAAGUCGCCGGUUUCCUAUUCUACUCCCCUUUUUAAGGAGUCUGGUUUCCAUCUUCCUUGUGUUUAUCAUGCUGUUCCCCUAAUUCUUUCACACUCUUCAGGUGCUGCAGAUUGCAGCCAGCAUGUGAGCUGUUUUCCUGAGUCAGGCAGCUCUUCCACAUGACUCUGGCACACUUGGGGUUGUGUAGUCCCUGCCGUUCCUGCAUUCAGGGUCAUUGCUCUGUAACAUAACUGAAGAAAAGAGCUUGUAUUAUUUGUUCACUCAGUCAACCUUGGUGAACUGGGGAGUUUAUCAUAUUAUCAGUCUGCCUCAGUUGUCUUUAGGAGAAGUGUUAAGGGAAGGAACAUGAAUUAAGCAAAGACUGUGAAACAUUUAUACGCACUUUGAAAAUGAAAUGUGAUGCCCUCUCUGAUGAAAAUGAUCAGAAUUCACAAAACUGUGAUGUAAAAUUAAUUUACAUGGAAAUAAUAAAAGUCCUUCCACUCCCUUGUUCUAGCCACCUAUGAUUUUCUUCAUGACAUUUUUAUGGCGGGUGUUUUGAAAGUUUUUCAGAUCCCUUUGCUGGCAUUCAGAAAGACAGCUACACAGAGCUCUAUGCUCGUUGAUCUAGAUCCACUCCUUCAUUCCUCCAUUCUUAAGAAGUGGGCAAAUCUUAAACAUGACCCCUGUGCUGCCUUGGUCCAGGAAACCAAAGUCAACAUCAUAGAUGUGGGGGGAAAGACUUGCCAAGGUUGUCAACUCUUGCCUCAUUCCUAAUAUUCUAGAUCAGGGGUCUCCAACCUUGGCAACUUUUAAGACUUGUGGACUUCAACUCCCAGAGUUCCUCAGGCAGCAAAGCUCUGAUCUAGAUAACCUUGAUGAAGGUAUCUUUUCUUUUAUGUACACUGAGAGCAUAUGCACCAAGACAAAUUCCUUGUGUGUCCAACCACACUUGGCCAAUAAAUUCUAUUCUAUUCUAUUUUAUUCUAUUACAAUUAUCAAGCCACUUCCUGAUUUAAGUCAACAAUACUGACCUCCCUUACAAGGUUGUUAGUUGGUUUGCAAGGCAAUAAAUGCAGGUGAAAUAUUGGAAUUGCUUCAAAUGACCUGGAAUUUUUACCUCAAUCUUUAUUCUGGGCCUCUAUUUUCAGUUUUUGUUUCCCUUCAGAUCUGAAUUUCCAACAUCUUGGAGCCCUACUGUAUUUUGUUAUGCAGGACACCAAGGAUGCUUUGUAUAAAAUACAUUAAUUGAAAUCCUAAUAUGUUCUUGGGUUGUUUUUUUUCCCAGGAAACUAAAGUGUGCACAUCCUCUACCCAGCAUUCUUAGAAAAUAGGUUACAUUAGAGGCCAAGCCAGAAUUAAACCUAAGUUUCCCAUCCUGGAUGGUUACAAAGUUAUUGGUUUCUUCAAGCCUAUUCAUAAAGUUCUGGUUAAUCUGCAAUCAGUGAUAUGAGCAGGCAAAAUGCAACAUGUGAUUAUUAGUGUAUUGCCACAGAGUAACAUAAGCUGUCAAUUUAGGAUUGGGAGUUCAGUGUCAAGAAAUAUUUUCCUUAACUCUUUCGGACAUCCCUAGGAAGGCCCAUUAGUGUUUCUUGCUCUAUUCUUACAAGCCUUUCUCAACUUUGGCAACUUUAAAAUGUGUGGACUUCAACUCCUUGCUGGCUGGGAAAUUCUGGAUGUUGAAGACCACACAUCUUAAAGUUGCUAAGGUUAAGAAUUAUUGCUUUAGAAGCGGCACCAGUCUUCCUUCAAUCUGGCAGCAGCAGGGGCACAUCCACACACCUGCAUUAGCAUGUGCUCCUCCUGUCUUUGAGCUGGGAAAGAAGUCCAUCAAAAUAAUUUGGACUGUCAACCAUGUUUUACUUCUCUUCAAGGAGACUGAGAAGUGAAGUGGUUCUUGCAGACUUUUCCAAUUAUUUGGGAUUACCUUAAGUCAGGCAUGUCAAACUCAGUUCCAUAGAGGGCCGCAUCAGGGCUGUGGUAGACCUUGGGGUGGGGGGGCAGCUUGACGCCACUCCCCAAACUGCUGACAUGUUUCCAUUUCACAUUGGUUAGACCAGGCCGAAGCUAUGCUGGCCCGAUGUUUCCUCUUCACAUUGGUUAGACUGGGCCAAAGCGAUGUGGGUAGACUGGGCCAGCCCCUUACAUUUUCCAGGACUGCCCCGCGGGCCGGAUUCGACCACAUCACGGGCCAAAUCCAGCCUACAGGCCUUGAAUUUGACACCCCUGCCUUAAGUCUAGGAAUAAGCAUAUUUGUAUUGGAAUGUCCUUUCUGCACACUGACCUGAGCAAUGGGUCCUGAAUUUCCCUGGCAACAUGAGCCCUGGAUGGUGAAUGUGCUGCUUCAUUGCCUUGGCUGGUGACUGUUCCAAAAAUACCUUCCAUUCCAAAUACUGUAGAAGGCUAGUUCCACUUUUCAAAGAAUAUCAUUUCCCCUCUGUAGGAAAAGUAUUUUUCAAUCCAACGACAAACAUUCUGUAGUAGAUGUGGGUCUCUUGCAUGAAUUG